UAUUAGCUAGCACUCGCUAACGGUAUUCUCUGUAAAAGGGAAGACGGUAACUCAAGAAAAUCAACACCUGAAUUACUUAAAGGACUGUACCUCAAUAAAUUAUAACUGAUCGAGGAAGGAUUAAUUAAGCUGUAAACGUUACAACCGACGUUUGAUAUUUUUGUUGGGUGUCUGUUGUCUCAUGAUGGAAGAUAACACUGCACAUUUCUUCGAGGGGACCGAGAAGCUGUUGGAGGUGUGGUUCUCUCGGCAGGAUGAGACCAAAGGAACCGGGGACCUCCGUACCAUCCCAAGGUUUGAGUGGGACAAACUUUUGGAGAAUGUGCAUUGUUUGAUCAUAAGUGUGACAAAGACUGACAAGCAGGAAGCUUAUAUACUCAGUGAGAGUAGCAUGUUUGUCUCCAAGAGACGUUUCAUUUUGAAGACAUGCGGAACCACCCUCUUGCUGCAAGCACUGGUGCCUCUGCUGGAACUCGCCAGGGAGUACUGCGGCUUUGAUGCCAUCGAGAACUUCUUCUACUCCCGCAAGAAUUUUAUGAAGCCGACCCAUCAAGAGUUCCCUCAUCGAAACUUCCAGGAGGAAGUGGACUUUCUCAGCGAGAUUUUCCCAAAUGGUGCAGCCUACUGUAUGGGGCGUUUGAACUCUGACUGCUGGUACCUGUUUACCUUGGACUUACCAGAGUACUGGGAAAACAAGCAUGCAGAUCAGACACUGGAAGUUCUGAUGAGCGACCUUGAUCCAGCCAUUAUGGACCAGUUCUAUAUGAAAGAUGGUGUUUCUGCAAGUGAUGUCACUCGUAUGAGUGGAAUUCGUGACCUGAUACCAGGUUCUGUGAUCGAUGCCACAAUGUUCAACCCUUGUGGAUAUUCAAUGAAUGGAAUGAAGACUGACGGAACUUACUGGACCAUCCACAUCACCCCUGAGCCGGAGUUCUCCUACGUCAGCUUCGAAACCAACCUCUCCCAGACGUCGUACGAUGAUCUGGUUAGGAAGGUGGUGGAGGUGUUCAAGCCAGGAAAAUUUGUGACUACCCUUUUUGUCAAUCAGAGCUCCAAAUGUCGCAGUGUCUUUUCUUCUGCCCAGAAACUCGAGGGCUACAAGCGUCUCGACCGCCAGUUGGCUCAGUUCAACGACUACAAUUUUGUCUUCACAAGUUACGCCAAGAAUCGCCAGCAGAACCAGCAGAGCUGAGGGUUGAGGAUGAAGAAGAGGCGUAAAAAGAAAGGCGGCCGCCCGGGGCUCACCCCCUGUAUCCGGCUUUACCCCCCAGUAGAGAGCUUCUCGUCCUCCCCCUCCCCUUCCUCCUCCUCCUCCUCCUCCCUCCCUCCUCCUUCUGCUGCUGCUGCCGCGGUUCAGGACCUCCCGGUGCUGACGCGGUCGCGAGCCCUAGCUUAACCUCCAGUUUGAGUUGUUUGCAUUGUACCUGUGACUUAGAUCUCUUGCAUGAAAGCUCUUUUCUCUGUUUCGAUAUUCUAGCUCACUCUUGCUGUGAUCUUGAAGUGCAUGUAGAGGAAUUAAACACGCUCCGUUUGAGGCUGUCCACCUGUGCCCAGUACAACGGUCCCUUCCUGCAGGUCUCCCCCCUCAUCCCCCACAGACAAGGCUUCCGCCCGCACUAGGCCAGGGCCCUGACAUGCUCAGAUCCGUCUGCCUCUUUAUGAGCUCCACCCAGUUCGUCUGUUUUUCUUUUUUUUUUUUUUUUCUUCUUAAAUUUCAAAUUCAACCCGGACGCGUCGCUUUCCAACGUGACAAUUGGUAUCAAUGAAUCACUACCAAUUAUUGAGUGCACUUUAAAAACCUGUUUACUCAUGGUACAAAGAUGAGGCCAACCUAUUGUCUCCAGUCGUAUUGAAUGUAUAAAUCGUGGUAAGCUUUUGGCCGUUCUUAUCGUCGUUGAAUAUAUUUGAGUUUCUUUGAAAACAAAUCGCCAUACUAACUGUUUAAUGUCACACUAUUGGAUAAAGGGUUUGCAGCAUUAGACGGUGUGGUCUUUGGUUGCUGUGAACUGCACUAGAGAUUGCACUAAGAUUUCUGCUUUGCUGGGCUUUACUUAAAUUGAAUCCCGACUCCAUUCAUUCAUUCAUUCAUUCAUUCAUUCAUUCGUGUUCCUCCACCUGGACAAUCAUAUAGUCCUUGUGUUUACUCAAACACAUGAGCCUAGAACAUGUGUGUGUGUGUUUGUGUGUGUGUGCACAUGUAUGAAUCAUUUAAGACAUUCAGUAUGUGCACUUUGUUGCGCCCAGGCUUCUUUGUUUUACAGUGUGCUGUAUCUAGAAAAAGCUUCUGGGUCCCAGUCAUAAUCAGCACUCGUGAUUUUCCACAUUCACUUGAAUUGGUUAAAUGGAAAAUGUUCAAACUGAAUGUAGCGCAGCUGGUGUGAAGUGGCCUGUCCACCCGUCUUUCGAAUGUACACGUCUCUAGAGAAAAGCCUGGACCAGGUUUGAGCUGAAUGUACGACUCCAGGAGAGCGCUCCCUCCCUCCCUCCUCCCUCCCCCUCCCUCCUCCCCCCCUCGCCACACACACACACACACACACACACACACAGAGCGCUCACAAUGCCCUCUGCUGACCAGCCAUUGUCCAGCGCCCAGCAGGUCUCCCCCCUGCCAGAGUCAGACUGUCAGCUGGCCCCAGAACCGUGACAUAACGGGAGUCGGCCCUCCUGGCUGCGCCCGCGCCCCGUUCUGAAUGGGAAAUAAUGAAUCAGACCCUUUUUGCUAAGUUGCCCAGCAAAGCAUUUUUCUUUUUCCCACAUAAUAUCCAUCCUCUCUCUGUCUCUUUCCGCCCCAUACAGAAAUCUGUAAACGCACAAUAGAGGCGCACCAGUCUGAGCAUGCCAGGGUGAUCCCGGAUCAUUCCACAUGUAACUGCUGCAUAAACUGCCAUUUUAUUAAAUUUAUUGUGUCCAGACAUUUUUUGCAGUGAAUUGGUCGAAAAUGUGACUCCCUAGCAGUUUUUUUUUUUUUUUCUUCUUUCUUUUUCUUUUUGUUUGGAUCAGUGCCCUUUGUUCACCGAGGGGGAAAAUCCUGUGACACUAUGGUGCAUGUGACUACUAGUGCCGUGUUGCUUGACAGUGUAGUGUAGCGCCGUCUCUUCCUCCUUUUUUCGUCAGUAGGUCUGUGUGCUUCACCUUCCUCUCGUUUUUUUAACCAGCUGAAAGCAGAGCUGGAACUGCCGCAUCCUGAUGUGUUUUUGGGUAGGCGGGGACUCAUCUUUUUCCUCAAGGGGUCAGGUUAACUUGUAAUUAAUCUUAUUUCAAGUUGUUCAAGUGCUGAAAGCAGGUUCGGUUUCUUAUUUACUACUUCAUGUCAAACAUCCACGGUUUGUCUUCUCGGCCUGCCGUUCGGUUGAGUGGUGUUCACGGUGCUUCUCCUGCCAGAGAAUGCAGUUUUGAAUUUUGAACUGGAGACGACAUGGCGGGAGUCCUAACCUGCUUUCAGCCCUGCAGUGCAGUUUGCUCUGUUCUUAGAAAUACCUGUGUUGAUUGCAUCAACACCUCCGACAGUGCACCGAUCACCUGAAGCACUUGGCGCGCCGGUUGCAACAGUUCAUGUAAGAACUGGCACUUGGAAUAGUUUCCCUCUAGUUUGUCUCUCACGGCUUUUUGGAGUGGUUUCAUUCUUUUCCUGAGGACCAAUCUCUGCUCUUACAUGAACGACUCGACUUCCUGUCAGAUGACUUGGGUGAUCUGCCACAACUGUGGUGUUUUUUUUUUUUUUUUUUGUUUUGAUUUUUUGAAGAAUUUGAACUAGCACUGUUCAAAUACUGAAGCAGUUUAACGCUAACUGUUCUUGGAUUAAGUACAUUUUAGCCUUGUUGGUGUGGAUCAUUGCAACUUUGUUUUAUUUUUAUACUAUGAACUCAAAAUGCAUUUUUGCAGUUAAACAGUAAUAGAAUUUUAUACAAAAAAUAUUUUGUAUUUUUGCUGCGGACCAAUCUUUUUUCUUUUUUUUUUCUUUCCCCUUUUUUUUGUCUUUUUUGUUUUGUUGUGAAACAAGUGUUCAGGCUAGUUUGUUAUGAAGUUAAGGGAUGACCUUUUCAAAGUUGACUAAAUCAUGUAGUUUCUUUUUUUUUUCUUUUAUUCUUUCACUCUCCUUUCCUUUUAUGAAUCUUGUGAGAGGAAGGGAAAGUGGAAGCUUCCCCCGGGUGAGAGAGGGUGCAGUUGCAGGAUGUAUCAGGAUGUACUGAAGGAGAAACCUUGCUGUUCUAAUUCUUUCUUUUGCUGUUCUUUGGAUGGUCAAGAUGUGCUACAUAUAUCUGUGCUCCGAGCUUGAUGCUUAAAUAAAGAUACUUAUCUGUGCAAA